CUGGACGGAGCUGCUCUUAUUGCAAAAGCUGCAAGACGUAGCGAAGAUGAAGGCUUUUCUUUUCGCCCUGCUGGCUGCAGUCCUGUGCGCGGAGCGAGUUUCCUCACUGAAAUGCUUCACUUGCAAUGAUGAGCCCUCCAACUGGAAUUGUAUUAAAAUAACGGACUGUGCAGAGAACGAUAAAUACUGUCUAACAACCUACACGAAAACAGGGCUUGGUGAGAAAGUUGACUACCGCAUCACCAAGAAAUGCUCUGCCGAGUGUCCUCAGACAAACUGGAAUCUUGGCAUAGCAGCCACUUCUACCUCUUGCUGUCAGCAUUCCUUGUGCAACAUCAGCGGGGCCAGCAGCGUGAAAUCCAGCUACGCAGUGAUGGCCACGGGGAUCUUGGCCAGUCUCAUCUAUGUCCUCAGAUCCGGACUGUGAUGGGGCCAGGAAAAGGAGGCCGCGACGCCCCAAAGAACCAGCUCGAGCUUCCCCAGUGAGACACCAAACAUCCUCUAUGCAAAUGGUUUCACCUGGGUUAACACAGCCCUGUGCCCGGUAAGGCUACGUCUACCCUAAAGCUGAGGUGUGAUUCCCAGCUCAAAGAGAUGUCCUCAUGCUCCAGCUCUCACUGAACGAGCAUGCUAAAAACACUAGUGUAGCCAUGGUAACAUGGAGCUGCAGCGAGCAGCAGCAGGGCCUAGUUGCCCCAAGUACGUGGCCGCUGCCUGUGUUGCUGUGACUACACUUCUACUGUUAGCAACCUACUCAAUGAGAGCUGGGGCUAGUACGUCUACAUGGGCUGGGAGUCAUACCACUAGCUAGACUUGGCCUCAGAGUCACUUCAGAUUCCAUCGGCAAGUCAUUCCUCUCUCCGUUUUCACAUGGUGGUUCUGCCUCGGGCACAACCACACCUCCAUGCUUGGCGUUGGUGACCUGGGAUGCUCAGCUGAAGGGCGCUGCCUGCUCAGAAGAGCAAAGUACUAACUCUGUUAGAGUUACUUGUUCCAACCUCUGCCACAGACCCUGUGUAAUUCCCCUGGCACUCGUCUCCUCUCUGCCUCUCCUCACCACCGACAGCUCGAGAGCCUUCCCUCCCUGUGUUUCUGAACAGACCUUUACUCCCAGGUCUGCCCCACUUCUGCCCCUCUAACAUCAGCCCCGGCGAGUGAACCAAGAGUUGAGUUUAUUCACCUACAUUUUGUCCUCACCACCAGUUUCUGUCUUUUUCCCCCAUAUACCGGGGUGGCCAAACCAGGGCUUGUGAGCUGCAGGGGGCUUUUCUAGAGUUAAAGUGUGGUU